ACCGAAACGCUCAGACAGAACCCAUGCAAGCGGAAAUAGAAAAUAUAUUUCCUAGGAACAGCUUGUUUUAUUCCCUGAAUCCUCCGGAUAGUUAUAGGGAUGUUAAGUUAUGCGCUGAAUUAAAGAUUCAGAGAGUGAAGCUGAGUUUCUACCUAUAGCUGUAAAACAUAAGGUCUCAAUAUAAGUUAUUUUGCUAAUUCCAUCCAGUUAUCUAGUGAUCUUCGAAGGAUGGCUUCCCAUUACAGUGGUUACCAAUCGAAAGAACAUUGACGACGGCGUCAAAGCAAUUUAUUCUCGAGCGGAGGAACACGGAGGAGAGAAGAAGAAGAAGAAGAAGAAGAAGAAGAAGAAGAAGCAUUGGAGCUUUUUAAUGUGAUUUUUCAAUCUUCUGGCAAAAUGGAGCUUGAAAAAGCUUUAUCAGGUCUAAGUUCAAGAAGUAAAGGCUUGAUUCGAUAUUAUGGACCAGAGAUGUUUAUGCGAUCUUUCCGAGAUAUUUUWAAGYUCAAGAAGUCUUCAGAYYGGCGAUCGCRAGACAAAGUCGAAACUAUCAUGACUCUUAAAUUUUGUCCUCAARAAGCCGACAAGAAUGGCUGUCCAGUUGGAAGUGCAUGCGAAAACCUACACUUGUGUCCAUAUUUUGUCAAAGGAAAUUGCAUGUAUAAAGACAAAUGUUGGAUGUCACAUCAAAUCAAAGAUGCUCACACCAUGUCACUGCUGCGUGAAAUAAGGCUCGCAGGCAUAAGCACGAAUUUGUGGCUUGAGAUUUUGAAAAAMGUUUUAGCCGACACACAGAUGGAAAGAGGAGCAUCUACUCAUGGUGUCCCAGAAAUUUGCAAGUUCUACAACAACCAAGGCGGCUGUGGCAAAGGCGAAAAGUGUGCCUUUCUUCAUGUCUGUCAACACUUUGUUGACGGGACAUGUAAAUUUGGUACCGGCUGCAAGAGACACCAUGACCUUUUGAAGGAUAAGCACAAUCGUGAUGUUUUCAGGCAUUUUGGUUUGCGUGAUGUUGAACCCACGCAAUUGCUGAACAUUUUGAAAGGUCGAGAAAGAAAGAGAGUCAGAACCACAUCUUCUUUACCAGGGAUAAGCAGCAACAAGAACGAAACAUUGGAUAAAGCUGGCUUUAUUCCCUUUGGGCAAUCCACUCCAGCAAAAAAAGCCAAAGUCACAGACCAAGUACGCACUCCAGAAAACCAAAGCACUGAUAUUUGUGGUUUCUUUCUGCGAGGGCAUCAGUGCAACUAUGGCCCGAAAUGUAUUAACCUACACAGAGAUCUUCCUUAUCAAUGGCAGUUACAGGAUGGCUCUGGUUGGAAGGAUUUGUCAGAGGACUGGAACAUCAUGUUCGAACGUGCAUUCAGUGAUCCAAGCACUAAUGAAAUCAUAUUUUAUGAUCAAGGAAAGUCAUUAAAGACAGACUUUGACAAGAUGAUUGCAGUUGCAGAAACACAGGCUGGCCCACCACUUGGACUGAGGCGGUUGUCCACAGAGUCUUCUGCAGAAGCACCCCCUGGACAUAUUUUCAGUACACGAUGGUUGUGGUACUGGCAAGAUGAGAGAAAGAAAUGGCAAAGUUAYGAUUCUCCAGAUAACGGAUGUGAACCAAAUACAACAUGUAGCAAGUCUCUGGAAAAAGAUUUUCUGCAAGGGCAGGAAAGCCAUUGAAGCUACCACCUGUCCUACAAGCAAAUGAACCAGAGAAAUGUAAAGACCCAGACAGAAAGGGCUGUUAGAAGAAGGCCUGAAUUUGUUGCCAAAGAAAGGAUGAAAGAAAUUGCAAAGAA